ACCAGCUGUCCAGCCCACUGUGACCAGGGUAGACCCCACAGCAGACAGGCUCCACCACGCAGCCCCCUGCCCAGCUCCGAGCAGCAGAAACAGGUGGAGGAUCCGGGCAGAGAGGUGAAGAAGGUGAGAAAGGCCAGGAAUCGAAGACAGGAGUGGAAUAUGAUGGCCUAUGAUAAGGAGUUCCGCCCGGAUACACGACUCACCCCCUCACCCUACCACGGAAUGUCCUCCGAGGGAUCAUUAUCACCUGAUAACAG